AUGUCGAGAACAACUCCUAGUGCUCAAAAGUCUCUUAAGAAUUGUUGGCAAAUGAAGGAAGUAGUUGAACGGUAUGAUCUUGCUUUAGCGAAGUGGAUGAGUGAUGCAUGUGUGCCAUUUAAUGUUGUUAACUCUGUGUAUUAUCAGCAUGUCAUAGAUGUUAUAGUAGCCAUGAGUCCUGGUUAUAAAGGACCACACUUGCAUGCUAUUCGUGGUUAUUACUUGGUAAAAGCGGUUGAUGAAGUGAAGAUUUAUGUUGAGAGUUAUCGAGAGAUUUGGAAGAAGAGUGGUUGCACAUUAAUGGCUAAUGGAUGGACAUAUCAGAAGAGAAGGCAUCAGUUAUUUAGAGAGGUUGUUUUGUAUGUUGGGGUAGAAAACAUUGUACAUGUGGUGGUUGAUAAUGCUAUAAAUUACAUUGCUGCUGGCAAGUUAUUGAUGGAAGAAUUUCCUUUAAUGUUUUGGUCUUCUUGUGCUGCUCAUUGCAUCAACCUCAUACUCCAGGACAUUGGUAAAUUGCAGUCAGUUUGUUCUAUUGUUGAUCAUGCUUUUGGUAUCACAAAGUACAUUUAUAAUCAUUGUUAUCCAUUGUAUUUGACAAGGAAGUUCACUAAAGGAAAAGAAAUACAUCGUUCAGCUCCUAUUCGUUUUGCUACCAAUUUCAUUGUAUUGCAAAACAUUUUAGCUCAUAAAGAUGAGUUGAGAGCUAUGGUGACAUCUAGGGAAUGGGUUUCAUAUGCUUAUGCUAAAUAUAGCAAAGAAAAAAAGUUUGUUGAAAGUGUUAGACUCUCUAUUUUGGGAAGAAUAUGCAAUAAUUGUGCGAAUAAGUGA